ACAGUGGUCCAUGUCCAGUUGAAAAUGUACCCCAACACUCAAUCUGUGAAGAGGCUACACCUCAAAGUGUAGAUUGCAGUGCUGUAUCCAGCAUCCUCCCUCCACCUGUAGCCCAGGCCUCCAUUCAGGCAAACACUGAAACCCUCCGGGAGCAAACUGACAGGUUGGAGAGCCCGAUGGCCACAAGCACAUCAUGCCCCACUGGAGAGGACGCUCAAGUGCAAACAGAUUUCACACCCUCACCUGUGUCUCUGCAACAACACAUGGAUAAAGUCCCGUCCUCAGCUAAUGUGCCUGCCGUUGAAUCGGCUGGGAAGAAAGAUAUGGCCACAGCAACGGAGGAACUGGAUGCGCCAGACCUCAGAAAUGCCUUAUCCCACACCUCGGAGACCUCGUCGUGCCAAGACUCCACAGCAAGUGCUCCUGCGACAACAAAGGCGCCGUCUAUUUAUGCCACAAACUCUGAGCCAAAGCCGAAGCCUUCCAACGAGCUGACAAGGGACUACAUCCCCAAGGUGGGGAUGACAACGUAUACUAUCGUGCCUCAGAAAUCUCUGGAGAAACUGAGAUAUUUUGAAGUUGCACUGACGCUGGAGCCACCUCCUGCAGCUCCAGAAGACGGACUUAAUAUCGGUUCUCUUCAGUUGGAGGACAGCACAGCAGUGGGGGAACAGACAGAGAUCUCAAAGGAAAAAAGUGAGCUGCACUCUACUGUACCCAGGGAAGAUUUACUGACUAGCACUACUACUACAACUCAAGACACUGUUAAUGGAAGUAUACCUGAAUCCAUUCAUUCCUCGUCACCAACAAGUUUACCUAACACAGAUGAAAAGAUCCCAACCUCACCUAAUGGGGCAUCUCAAGCAGGUUCACCUGCACAGGUCAAGGAGAUGAAAAUUCCACCCGCAACUAAACCUAAGCCCGGCUCUUUCCGCUUGGCACAGCACAAAAAAACACCUGGGUAUUAUGUAACCUCCGCAGCAGAAAAAAGUCUCAGCGCCAGUCCUGGCUCUGACCAGAGAGAGGCUCAAGGAAGUGCAGAGAGAGCAAAGUUACCACCCCCUCCCCUUCCUCCGCCUGUGCAGUGUCAAGAGGAGGCAACAGGGGCCGCUAAUGUUGAGCUGAGCCCAAAGGGGGAAGACAAGCAUGUAGCCUUCCAGCGAAUGACAAGGCAAAGUAGUUUGUCUAAAGAGCCAAGCGUGGGGUUAAGUUUGGAAAAAUUAAGGAGCUUUGCCGCUCCAAGGCCCUAUUCUCCUGUUACUCCAUCCCGCUUUGCCCAGGCAGUGUCCUCUGCUGUGAAAAGGAGCAACUCCUUAUCCACAUGGCCAAAGUCGUCUCAGUCGCCUCAGUCGCCGGUUUCGCCACCUGUCUCCCCAAUCAGUCGCUCAUCAGUCACAGAUUCAGAAGGAUUAUCUGAGCUCAAG